AGUUCUGCUGCAUUAUAGGUACAGAUUCCCAGAGACAAAAUGUUGGACGAAGUUGCCGUACCCUCAGCAGUCUCAGCUGAGUCAAUCAAAAUCAUGGGUGAAAGCAUUGGCAUCUCUCCUCUUGGUGAUGACGUAGCUAGGGAGCUUGCUGAAGAUAUCACCUACAGACUGAAGAAUAUAGUACAGGAUGGCAAAAAGUUCACACAUCAUGGAAAAAGAAAAAGAUUUACCUGUGAAGACUUUGAUUGGGCAUUGAAAUCAAAGAAUAUUGAGCCCAUAUAUGGCGUGGUGAGCAGCGAGUUCAUACCGUGGCGCCUGACCUCGGGCGGCGGUCGAGACCUGCACUUCCUAGAGGACCGCGAGCUCGAAGUGAGCGACAUCGUGACGCAGCAACUGCCCAAACUGCCUCCUGCUGCAGCUGUUAAAUGUCAUUGGCUGGCCAUUGAGGGCGUACAGCCUGCCAUCCCUGAGAACCCUGCUCCCAUGAGCAAGAACCUGCAGAAGCAGGAGGCUGUGGAUCCAGCCUCUAAGCUGGCUGCUGCUCAGGCUGACACUCGCAACACCAGGAAUAUCCAUGGUCGCGGGCUGAAGAGCGUGGAGACUGUGCGUGUGAAGCAGCUGGCCACGCAUGAGCUGUCAGCCGAGCAGCAACUCUACUACAAGGAGAUCACCGAGGCUUGCGUGGGGUCUGAUGAGCCCAAGAGAGGCGAAGCACUACACUCACUGGCGUUCGACCCUGGACUGCAUCAGAUGGUGGCUCGCUUGUGCACCUUCAUUGCUGAAGGUGUGCGUGUGAAUGUGGUGCAGCGUAACUUGGCCCUCCUUAUAUACCUAAUGCGCAUGACCAAAGCUCUCCUCGACAACAACACCCUCUACCUCGAAAAAUAUCUACACGAACUGACCCCUUCAGUGCUGACGUGCAUUGUGAGCCGCCAGUUGUGCCUGAAGCCAGACAUGGACAACCACUGGGCGCUUCGAGACUUCGCUGCUCGUCUUAUGUCCCAGAUUUGCCGACACUACAACACCACCACCAACGGCCUCCAGACGCGCAUCUCGCGUGUCUUCUGCAAGUGUCUUAACGUCGAUAAAACGCCCCUUGCUACGGUUUAUGGGGCUGUUGCUGGGCUGUGUGAACUAGGGCCAGAGGUGAUCAAAGCGUUGGUGGUGCCUAAGUUGCGGGUGCUGAGCAACAAAAUCGAGCAGUGCAUCGAGAGUCCCAGCGCCUAUGAGAAGAACGCUGCUGUCCAUAUCAAGGGCAUGCUUGUGAAAUCGGUGCCGCCGGUGCUGAAGAUGAACCGUAACCCUCCUGACCUGCUCACUGAUUACAAGAACGACUUCGGCUUCCUCGGUCCACUGCUGCAGGCCAGCGUCAUCAAAUUGCGGCAAACGCCCGGUGUGGGGGGCGUGGUGGUGUCUGCCCCCGCUCUCGCCCCCACCCUUCGUCCCCUGUCCACCCCCACCCCCACCAGGAUACUGCAUCAGAGCGUGGGAGGCGUGGGUGGCAGAGCGCUUGUGGUGGGCAGCGGGGGGCAGGUGACCACUACGGGGGGUGUGGGGGUGGCGCCCUCGCCUGGCCAGAAGCUCAUCAUCAUGACGUCCAGGACGCCUGGCGUCCAGCAAGGGCUGGAUUCCCCUCAACUGGUGAGCGCUCAGCUGCCCUUGGGUGAAGGCAGCGGCGCGACGAUCUUAAGUCCGACUUCGACCGCGGCGGGCGCCGCACUGCCGCCCGGUGCCAAAUAUGUCCUCGUGAAGACCGAACCCACGGACGACGAGUACGGCAUGUGAGGACGCGCCCGUGCUGCCUCAGCGGCGGCACCAGCAGUGACAGCAGCAAUAACAACAACAACAACAGCUGUAAUUACUCGGUCUAAGAGGCGGCGUAAGUAGAAGAACAACAGCAGCUGUAAUUACUCGGUCUAAGAGGCGGCGUAAGUAGAAGAAGAACAACAGCUGUAAUUACUCGGUCUAAGAGGCGGCGUAAAUAGAAGAAGAACAACAGCUGCUGUAAUUACUCGGUCUAAGAGGCGGCGUAAGUAGAAGAACAACAGCUGUAAUUACUCGCUCUAAGAGGCGGCGUAAGUAGGAGAACAACAACAGCCGUAAUUACUCGCUCUAAGAGGCGGCGUAAGUAGGAGAACAACAACAGCUGUAAUUACUCGCUCUAACAGGCGGCGUAAGUAGGAUAUGGAACUGAGCAUAAGAAACUACAGCUUUGCUCAUACGGUUUAGAAACGUGUUAUUGGUGAGGAAGUGGAACAGCGAAAACUGCUUAUUCAAGCCUGUUCACUCUGAACUGCAUGCAUGGAACUAAAGGUCUCUAUAGCAACUGACUGACAAUAAACGUAUUUAACCCUCGAUGAAGACGUUUAGGAAUAAAAAUUAAAACUAACGGAUCGAAGUAAGUAAUUAGAGGUGUCAGUAAAGAAAACCUUAUUUUUUUUUGUUGGUUCGAUGAGGUCUGCUAAGAUUGUCAAUAAAAGAUUGUUAAUAGAAGGCUAUAAGAUAGUUAAUGAAUAGUAUGCUCUGAUCUUUAAUCGAACUUGCAUAAGAGAAAGGCAUCUGCCGAAUUAACCCAAUGUUCUAAUGCAUAGAGGAGAAUAAAUAUUCACGACUGAACGCAUGUGAAUCGUAUGUUUCCGAAUUCCAUUAUCAUCCGUUGGUUGUUUAUACCGUAAAAUUAAUGAAUUAUGCGACUAGAUAAGAAAUUAUUCCAGAUCGAGGAGAAUGGAUACCCCAAGUUUACAUUUUGUACGUAAUUUCUACAGUGGAAUAGCGAUCUAGUUUGUAUCCUCAUUGAUCUUAGAGUACCUAGUUCCAGGUAAUUCAGUAAAUUAGCUCUGCUCUCUUAGAUAUCAUCUGUUUUAAAUAUUAGCGGGUAAAUAAAUGGCUUCUAAUAUCUAUACCAUUCGGGAAAACGUGUAGUGCUUUAAGUUUGGUACUGACAGACUUACGUGCGCUGUUGGCUGGAGAUGUAUUACUUUGAUUUUGGGACCAGCGAUAAUGAGUCUGCUGUUGUUUAUUGUUUACUGCUGUUGCUCCUGGUGUUGCUGUCACCUAGUGCUAACUUUAUUUUAUAUUGAUUUACUCUUAAGUUUCAUAUUUAUUAUUAACUUUAUACAAAUGUAAUAGAUCUCGCUUAUAUGUUUUAGCUUGCAGGCUAAAUGGCCUACGAUCGGGCGAUUAACACCACACUUAACAUGGAUCACUCUAGAAAUUUCGAUUUAAAUAACACUUUUGUCGUUACCUUCUGUCAGUUGUCGUUAACUGUGGUUGCUGGGGCCGUGCUAUCAAAAUGUUUUUCAAGUACACGUAACGUUUUAAAUGCACGUAGCUGUCAAUUCAUCGUUUGUGAUUGGCUGACAUAGUUACGAACUCUUGAUUCUUUUUUAUAGUAGGUACCACCCAAGGAUUAUACAUACGAAUUAGAAUUAACUGCGUUGAAGUUGUUAGUUGACAAAGAGUCAACUAGACUAGCACUUAACAGUCUCGAACAAGUGAGACUCUUUACAGUAUUUAAAGUCUCACUUGUUGAGACUCAACAGUCUCAACAAGGGGGCAGAUCCAGUUACCGUCAACUGUAUGAACGACUAACGUCCAAGGAUGAAAAAAGGGCAGCAAUUGUUCUUCAUCUGUUGAUCAUUAUAUUCGAUUGGGCGCUGUAUAUAAUGUCAAUACUAAAUAGGCUCAGCUAGACUUAUUUAUUCUCAUCUGUACAUUUUGUAUUAUUAGCGAAUGUUUGGGUCAUCCCAAAAUUAAGUGCUUGUCUUCAAAUUAGAAUUAUUUCACAUUAAAUUUCGAGGAUGCUGACUCAAAUACACGUGGAA